AUGUCGUUCUUCCGGCAAGCAGGUUUUACGGCGAUAGUAUGUUGUCUUUGCACCAACCUUGGUCUUCUGAACUCCUGGCCAUCGUCAACGUCAGGCCUCUUCGCGUCAGCCAACACAACCCUCAACCGGCCAAUGUCUGAGACAGAACUGUCUCUGUUCGGGAGUCUUACUUCUGUGGCUGCUUUGUUCAGUACACCAUGCUCUGGUAUUCUGCUGGAUGUUUUGGGAAGGAAGUACUCUUGUAUUUUAUUCGGGCUACCGCAAGUUAUAGCCUGGACAAUUAUAUCGACAUGUUACAGAGUAGAGGGAGUUUUGAUCGCCAUGUUUAUAUCUGGGCUUAGUGGUUGCAUAUUCCUCGUAGUACCAGUAUUCAUAUGCGAGUUUUGUGAUGAGACCAUACGUGGUAUGAUGACGUCGUCUGCCCUCAUUUUCUAUGGACUUGGGAUGCUAUUGUCAUAUGUUCUGGGAGGCUCUUUGGAGUACCACACAAUGAAUUAUUCGUUCUUAAGUCUGACGGUCUUUGGGGUGGUUAUGCUCAGUUUCCUAAAAGAGUCCCCAACGCAUCUGAUGAAGAAGGGUUUGGAAAAGGACGCAGCAAAAUCAGUUGCAUAUUAUAGAGGAGAGAAAGUGGAAUCCAAAGUGGUAAUGCAAGAAAUUGACAACAUUCGAAGAUCCUUGAAUCCUCAAUUAGAAGCUAAAGAAGAUGUAACACCAGAAGAAGAAAAAUUAAGAGAAUCAACAGAAAAGGUGAAAUUAUCGUUUUGGCGGUUUAUGAAAAAAUCCCGUUCAACCAGACGCGCCCUCCUGCUAUGUCUCAUUCUCUACACGGUAUCCAUUUUCCAAGGUCUCAUCGUAGUACAAGUUUACGCACAGUCUUUAUUCAAGGAGGCGAUCCCUAACGUGUCUACAACAAUAUCUAGCGUAAUAUUCGCUAUAGUUGUUGUUGUAUCGGGAUGUCUGGCUGGGUAUCUUAUGGAGAAGGCUGGAAGGCGGUUUCUUAUGAUAAGUUCAUCCUUGGUUGCUGGAUUCUGUUGUAUAGUACUGGGAACACAGCUACAAUUGCACUGGGGACCUUAUUGGAUCUCUGCAAUAUUCCUAUACACAUACUGUGUCGCCUACUCGCUAGGCGCUGGCACUGUUCCCCUAGUACUUAUUGCGGAGGUAUUUCUGCCUGAGAUAAAGGGCAUAGUCACUAUGAUCGCAUUCGAAUGGGCAUGGAUAUGCAAUUUCAUAAUAUUGUUCAUGUUCAACCCACUUGUGGCGGUCCUGGGUAUAGGCCCCAUCUUUUACAUCUUCGGAAGUGUUGCCUUUGCGACGGCCAUAUAUUGCUUCUCGUUCUUGCCCGAAACCAAAGGGUUGCCAGUUGAUGUUAUCCAAACGUUAUUUGUUAAAAAAACGAACGCUAAUAAUGUAUAA